AAAGGGUUUAAGCAUAGCUUUAAACCCCUCCCCAAUUUCAUUUUCCCUAUAUUGCCGUAAAGCUCAAGCAUGCGUCGAUGGCUGGCGUCUUCGCCCAAAUCACUCGCCGAUAAACUAUUGAAAACUUAUGCUAAAUCCUCCGAUGGAAUCUUAUGUGGGAAAAUACCCAAUUUACAGCGGGCAUUGCUUCAUUCUCCAUGUCGAUGGAAUCAUUCACCCGCUGCAUAUCAGUUCGGUUAUAGGGAAUGUCUGGCCGGUUUUGCACAUAAUGAGAUGCUGUUUUCAAGGCGUUUCAUCCACGCCACAGGAGCUUGUCGGUCUGAGGCACGUGAUUACUAUGAGAUUCUUGGCGUGUCUGGAGAUGCCACGGUCGAUGAGAUUAAAAAGGCUUUCCGUGCUCUGGCGAAGAAGUACCAUCCUGAUGCCAAUAAGAAUAAUCCUUCCGCAAGCAGAAAAUUUCAAGAGAUAAGAGAGGCGUAUGAGACUUUGAAAGAUCCUGAUAAGAAAACACAUUAUGACAGGUUGAGACGGAGUUCAAAAACAAAUGGGACGAGGAGCUCAGAUAAUUUUAACACCGGCUCGAGUCGCUUUAGACAUGCUCAUGGAGCUCAGUUCUCUGAUUCAUUUCACAAAAUUUUUUCUGAGAUUUUUGAAAAUGAAACUGAAAAUGUGGGUGGCGAUAUUCAGGUGGAACUUGUGCUUACAUUUUCUGAAGCUGCUCACGGAUGCACUAAGCAUUUUUCAUUUGAUGCAGAUGUGCCAUGUGAUUCUUGCGGUGGCCGAGGCCAUCCCUUGGAUGCUCAGACAAUUAUGUGUCCAACUUGCAGAGGCAUUGGAAGAGUGACAAUACCGCCUUUUACCACAACUUGCAGUACUUGUAAAGGUGCUGGACGAAUAAUCAAGGAAUACUGCACAGCUUGCGGAGGAUCAGGUGCGUGUAAAGGAGUCAGGGAUGCCCGAGUAACUAUACCGGCAGGUGUGGAUGCUGGUGAUACAGUUCGUGUAGCAAGAGCUGGUAAUUCUGGUGCAUGGGGAAGCACUUCUGGCGACCUAAUUAUUAAAAUAAAGGUUGCAGAAGAUCCCAUAUUUUCCAGAGAUGGUGCUGAUCUUUAUGUUGACAAAUAUAUCAGCCUUACACAAGCCAUUCUUGGUGGCAGUGUUGAUGUGCCUACCCUUUCCGGAAAAAAGCAAUUGACAAUUCCUCGGGGGGUUCAACAUGGGCAAUUGGUUAAGUUAAGAGGCCAAGGAUUGCCAAAGAGUGGUUUCAUGGUGACCCAUGGAGAUCAGUACAUACGCUUCUGCAUAAAACUUCCUCCCACCGUAACUGAGAGACAACGUGUAAUACUAGAAGAAUUUGAGAAGGAACAAUCUGAUGAAGAUAGCAGAUCUGCUUCCAGCAGUUGCAGGCUUUAUCAGCGGCUAUCUACUGGUUGAACUGUACAGGUGGCAGUAUUGGGUGAGACGUUCCGCUUGGCCUGAGUUUGUACUGGAGUUCUCCGUAUUGACGAUGAUAUUGCUAGUACUCGUCAAAGUCUUGAACUAGGGCCACUACACGCACAAGCGUAUAGAGAUUGAGUGGCAAACCAGUGCAUAAUCUACACAAUCAUCUCUGUCUACAAAAAUUUUGUUUGACGAAUAGAGGAAGUGGUGAAAUUCUUCUUAGCUCUUGAACAGUUACCAUCAAGGACUCGGUUUCAAGAGGUUUGCUUCACUUGUAAGAAUCAAGAGUAACCAACAACAUCAUUUUGCCUUGCUUCACUUGUACAUUGAUAUUGGAUUCUUUCAUUCUUUCUUCAUACAAAUAUUGUACGACUCUCACAUUGAAAGAAUGAUAUACUGAUAUACACAUGAAACUUCUGUUGUUCCAUACUGCGCGGCCGGGACGCCCCGUUGGAAGCUGUGGAAUCCCAGAGAUUGUCUUGUAAAUUGGUGUUACUAAUGACGUACCUGAGUUUUAUCGUGAUUUCUUAUUCUUUGGUA